UAUAGUUAAACUCUUUACUGCUUUCGCGACUCAUAAAGUCAGGAACUGGUACGAGGUUUUCAAGCAGCGCUUUACUGGCGUCGUGGCGCUCGUUCUUCAGCACAGGAGGAACCGAAAGGUGCUUUAUAUUGGCUGAUUGAAAACACAAUUAUGUAACAAAAUAAAUCGUUGUGCGGGAGACUGACGACCAGAACCUGGAAGCACUAACUAGCACUAAUUCUGCUCUCCGAUAAAAUCCAAAUAACCUCCGAAUUAAAGAAGAAGAAACGGAAGUACGCUACAUGAUAACGUACAGUGGUCUUGUCCUUCCAUGUAUCGUACAUUGACGGUUUACGGCUGGCUGCUGUGCUUUUGGCAGCCAGGUCUUCGGUGCAGCGCGCGCACCACACAAACGACCACGGUUACGAACUCUGACCAGUGGCGGAUUUCCACAGUGUAUAAUGCAUUUCACAUGAUUGACCGCGCGAUGGAAAAUAUGGAAGACGACAUGGUGACGCUGCAGUUUCCAAAUACUGCGACAACGCCAUCGUCAUCGUCACCGUCAGGCAGCGUGUUGCGACCGCAUCUGGGGAACACUGUGUCGUUCUGGUGCCCCGUUCCCGUGGGCGGGCACUCCUCCCGCAUCAGCUGGACCGUCCAGGGUCGCACCGUCUUCGAACGCGGCCAGCCGGUGGCCCUGCCGGCAUCCCAACCGCAUUCACAUUACGAAUUCGCGCAGUUGGACGACGGGACCGCGGUGCUCCGCAUCCGCAACGUCUCCCUGGCGUCCAGUGGGGAGAUCGUCUGCCGCUUGGACGAGGCGGCCAAGAAGACCGAGCUGCGGCGCUUCACUUUGAUUCCCCGCGUCACGCAGGCCUCGGAGGUCUUCGUAGAAGACCUGCCACCGUCGCAGGAGACGGUCACCGGGGGCACCUUCAACAUCAGUUGCCGGGUGCGGCUGCCACUGGCGCCGGAGGUCGUAGAAAACGUGCGACAUCACUUCAUGUGGCGGCACCUGGGGCGGCUGCUGAAUGCGCCGGCUGAGGAGCCUUACACAACGCAUCUGCCGGCGUCGUGGACGAGGACCGCCAACGACACGCGGACUGUCGUGGACCUCUGGGGUCGGCCCAUUGUCAACGUGACGCGCGGUUCGCCGCUUGCGCACGCCGUGGCGCGGCUAUUCCGCACCGCCGUCAGCAACUCGGGCAUCAACGUCAACGCGCCGGGCGCCGUGUUCGCCUUCCACCUGAAUUCAACCGAUGCUGACCAAGGCGAUAUCGGCCCGGUGGAGUGCUGGUUCCGACCGCAUCGUAACCUCCACGAAUGGAUCGUGCAGUCCACCUAUUUGAAUGUCGAGCCAUAGCUCAAGCCUCAGGCUGCUCUUGUGGCGGCCAAUAAUGCAACCAAUGGACAGCAGGCGAUAUGACUACGCAAUUCAAUAUGGAAUAAUUACGGCAACAAUUAUCUGCAGUAUAAAUGGUAUACUUGAAGUACAGUAUAUAAUUAUACACAGUCCCUUCUCAUGUAAAUUGGGACAAAUUCUUCAUUCGAUUAUAAUUGUUGAGCGAAGCUCGCUUUGUACU